AAAUACUUAACUCACAUCCAAAGGCAACACAGGCCCCACUAUUCUAAAUUUCUCAUUCGGCUAACAUCAUUUUUCUGAUUUUUUUUUGGCGUAAAAUUAACACGUUAUUAGAGGGACCCUGUGAUUGCGCGGACAUCUAAUCCUAAAUCCUUUGAAGAUGUGCGACAAGCCUGCCUGCCCCCCGCCCCCGCGAUGCUGUCCUCCGCCACCGCCUCCCUGUCGUCCGCCGCCCACCUUGUGGCAGAAGUUGAACUGCGUUCCGUGCAACCGAUUUGCGUUCUUCGUGAUCGGGGCGGGCAUCGGAUUAUUCUGGGACCAUAUGAAGAAGGAGGCCAAGAAGGCGGCCGAGGAGGCCGCGAAGUCUCCCAAGGAGAAGGAAAAGGAGGCCAAGGAGCGCGAGAAGAAGCAAAAGGAGAAGGAGAAGGCCGAAAAGGAGAAGGCGGAGAAAGAGAAGAAAGAGAAGGAGAAGAAGGAGAAGGAGAAGAAGGACAAGGAGAAGAAGGAGAAGGAGGCCAAGAGCAAGGAGAAGGGCAAGGAGGGCAAGUAACGACAAUAGACCCCCAAACGGAGAUGUCAAGGAGCAGGAUGUUUUCCCAAAUUUUUUCCAAAAUUCUCAUCGAAACCAUAUCGUUUCUACACUUCAAAAAUUUCAAGUGCAUUAUAUGGCAUACUUAACGAUUACUAUUGAUCAAGUAACAAGAUCGGAUGGGAUAUUUAACUGGAGAGAAGAAAUGUCUGCGAAAUUUGGAUAACCAACCAUAUCAGGCUUACAAAUUAUACAUCACCCGAAAAUUGAAAUUUACAUUUCGGAUUCCUGAUAAUGAUUUUGCGAUAUGAUGAUCUAUGUUCUUACCGCUAAGGCUUUCUAAUACGUUGAUAUUCUAUUAAAAAUUGUACAAUGAAUACACAUCAAAUGUAUUUCCCCCGCAAGGACCCAAAAUUAGUAAAUUUAUCCGAAAUUAUUCAACAAAUAA